AUGGACAUCGACCACGACCCACUCACCGCCGCCCUCCUGCACCUCGCACACACGCAAGAAUCCCACACCGCCCUCCUCCAGUCCAUCGUCAACCAGCAGGCGGCACACACGCGCACCCUCGAGUCAGUCUCGCGGGCCCUCACGGCCCUGACGCGGCGCGUGGACGCCACGGCCUCGGGGGACGUGCUGCGCUCCCUCUGCGGCUGCGUGGGCGAGCUGGUCGCCAUGCAGGCUGGGCAUGGGGUCGCGCUGCUCGACCUCAUGGGCGAUGUGCGCGGCGUGAUGCGAGCUGUUGGCGCCGAGGUGCCGUUACUCGCGCCGUUUGUUCCAGAUCUGUCGGAGGACAAGAUCAAGAACAGGGGGAAGGGCGCGGUGACACCGACGCCGGUGCCGCCGCCGCCGCCGCCCGCCAAGAUCGACCAGCCGCGGGCUGCGCCCCUCACGAACGGCAAGCUGGUGACUCUGCCCAUGCCGACUGAGGCAACAGCGCCGACACCCCCACCCCCGCGCAAGCCUGCUCCGCCGCCCCAUCCCAAGCCUGCCCCCAUCCGCCCACCACCAGCACCGUCCAAGCCCAGGCCCUUCACCUUCUCGUCCAAGGGCCUGACCUACAUCCCUCCGCCAACGCCAGACGGUGGCUGGGGGAGGUCGACCUGGGUACCCAACUCCAGCCCGGCGCCGCCCAAGCUCAAGCCCAACCCUGCCCCCGAACCCGUUCCCAAGCCCGCCCCCAAACCUGCUCCACGACCCACUCCCAAGCCCACACCCACGACCACCCCCAGUCGCCCCUCUGGCCCCCGGCCGCCAUACUGUGCCCGCUGGAACCAGGGCAAAGGCGUCUGCACGGAGCGCGUCUGCCCGCUCCUACAUGAGUGCUUUGCGUGCGCCGCGACGGGGCGGCCCUCGAAUCACCGGUGCUGGUGGGGCCGGUGUAUCAAGAAGUGGAAGUGA